CUUCGUUAAGUUUCUCCUUCUUAGGUAGUAACUAGUAAGUAACUACACUUUUUCAUCUCUCUCUAGCCUCUACAGAAGACCUUUCGACACCUAACAGAACAGAGACGAGAAACCGAGGGAAAGUGAGGGAAAACGCGAGAAAAAUAGAAAAGGCAAAGAAGACCAGGAAACAAGUAGGAGAAGAAAAGGAAGAACAAAGAUCAAAUUCAGCAAAGCCUUCGCCAACCCUAGGGAAAAAUCGCCGGGGGGGAAAGAAUGAAGCACAUUUUCAAGAAGCUCCACAUAGGGGGAAACCACGAAUCUCCGCAUCGAUCGAACGAAACCCCCGUGUCACCUUCACCUUCGCAAUCUUGUGCUUCCGAUCACAGGGCGGCUUCGUCUUCAGCUUCAUCGGCGCCGGCUGCUCCAAGUAGCCCUCCGCCUUCCACUUCUCCGGCGUCGACUUCUGCUUCUACUGAUGCAAAUAUGACGGCGGCGUUACCGGUGACUGAGUCGUCGCCGGUCGGGAAUACAAACGGCGUUGGCGGCAAUAUUGGCGCGGACUACUUUACUUCCGAGGAGGAGUUUCAGAUGCAGCUGGCUCUAGCGAUCAGCGCUUCUUCGAAUUCGGAGGUAGGGAGGGAUGAUCGGGAGAAGGAUCAGAUCCGAGCGGCUACGCUACUGAGCUUGGGAGGGAAUCGUCAUCAUUGCAUGGACGGAACGGGAGAGAAAGGAGAAGCUGCGGCGGAGUCCUUGUCGAGGCAGUUUUGGGAAUAUAGCGUGUUGGAUUACCAAGAGAAGGUUGUAGAUGGCUUUUAUGAUAUCUUCUCCACAAGUUCAGAAAAUCAAGGGAAAAUGCCUUCUCUUGUAGACUUGGAAACAAAUUCCGGCUCGUCUUGCUUUGAAGCAGUAGUAGUGAAUCGAUCAAUUGAUCAUAACUUGGAAGAGUUGGUGCAGGUUGCUCAAUGUAUUUCAUUAGAUUUCACUGCUACUGACAUUGGCAUUUUGGUCCAACGACUGGCUGAACUCGUAACAGGGCACAUGGGUGGCCCUGUAAAGGAUGCUAACAUAAUGUUGGCAAAGUGGAUGGAGAGAAGCAUCGAGUUGAGGACAGUUCUUCAUACAAGUGUGUUGCCCAUUGGUUCGAUAAAUAUUGGUCUAUCUCGUCAUCGCUCAUUGCUUUUCAAGGUAUUGGCUGACACUAUAAAUCUACCUUGUCGAUUGGUGAAAGGCAGUCAUUACACUGGAGUUGAAGAUGAUGCUGUGAACAUUAUCAAGUUGGAGGAUGAAAGGGAGUUUUUGGUUGACCUAAUGGCAGCUCCAGGGACACUGAUUCCUGCUGAUAUUCUGAGUACCAGUAGAGCUCCCGCUCCUUAUUCCUCUGAUUCUGGACUAGGAAGACCAAACUCAUUACCUGGUGAAGGGCCAAGUCAAAACUCUUCAGCGAGUGGUUGCUUCCCUAGGUCGGAAGAUGCUGGACCGUCAUAUUCAUAUUCUGGUUCUACAGAUGAUGCUGGUGUUGGUUCUUCCGGGUUAGCCAACAAAGCUACUCAUUCCAAUCUACUGGAUAAGGGAAAUCAUGGAAGUCAUGCUGUUGCUGAUGGUAUUCAGAUAAAUGUUAAUGCUCCUUACAAUCAGAAUGGGUCAGAAGAUUCUAAUAAUCUUUUCUCAGAUCUCAAUCCACUUCAUAAGGGUAAAAAUUGUGCACAAUCUAAACCCGGAGAUAAUAAGUCCGAUUGCCAGAGAAAUGUUGUUCCUGGUCGCCCCCCUGCUCCAUUGAUGUGGAAGAACCGAUAUGCGAACAAUGAGGUACCCAGGAACAGGGAAUAUGAUUAUAUGGAUGGUCUGUUUCCAAGAAUUAACCGUGAACCAAGUAACUACAAUCAAACAUCCACAUCGUCCACCAGCUCCAAUGUCCCCCGGAAUGCAUAUGCUCAGAAUUCCAAGCCAUCUGUAAAUUCCAAUCAAGCCAGUAGAGGUAGUGAACUGAGAAAUUUGUAUACUAGUUCCAGUUCGGAAGUGGCAUCUGGUGGUAGUCAAUAUCAGAAUCGACCCAUGGGUCAGGCAGUAGACUUGGGUUUUGAAGCUGAAAAUCAAAGAGAUGCUAGGCAUUGGCAAAACAGUACCACAAUGAAGGAUGAGGAAAAUGGUAAAAAUAGUUUUCUGGAUCCAAUGAAGAUGACAAAUGACAGGUUUUUUGGGAGCAAUUUGAAACUAAAGGAUAUAGAAAGUCCUAGUUCAUCACUUGAGUCAAGCAUGAGUAACAGGGUGGAGCACGGUUUGGAUGAUGUAGAUGUUGUGGAAUGUGAAAUUCCUUGGGAAGAUUUGGUUAUUGGCGAGAGAAUCGGGCUAGGUUCAUAUGGUGAGGUUUACCAAGCUGAUUGGAAUGGCACGGAGGUUGCUGUCAAGAAGUUCCUAGAUCAGGGUUUCUCUGGAGCGGCUUUGGCAGAAUUUAAAAGAGAAGUGCGGAUAAUGCGCAGAUUGCGUCAUCCAAAUGUCGUUCUUUUCAUGGGUGCUGUUACUCGUCCGCCAAAUCUCUCCAUAAUUACUGAAUUUCUCCCCAGGGGAAGCUUAUACCGAAUUCUCCACCGUCCUCAGUGUCAGAUUGACGAGAGGCGUAGAAUAAAAAUGGCUCUUGAUGUGGCAAGAGGUAUGAACUGCUUGCAUAGCAGCUCGCCAACAAUUGUUCACAGGGAUUUGAAGUCCCCUAAUCUUUUGGUGGAUAAAAACUGGAAUGUUAAGGUUUGUGAUUUUGGUUUAUCACGCUUGAAGCACAACACAUUUCUGUCAUCCAAGUCAACAGCAGGAACUGUGAGAAUGAAUCCUGAAUGGAUGGCACCCGAAGUACUUCGCAACGAGCCCUCGAACGAAAAGUGAGUUGAUGAUUGUUUUCUCGUACUUUAAUCUCAUGUCUUUUACUUUUAAUAUGCAUUCAUUUGUGUCUUUAACGAUUUAUAUGUAACGUUUAAGGAUCAGGGUCUUUGAGCUCAAAAGGAACACACUAAACUGCAUGGCGCAGAGCUUUUAAAUGGCUGAUCAUUAGAAAAGGAAAGAUUCAAUUUUGAUCGCCUUGGCGAUAAUAGGUGUAUCAGAACAUAUUAGAACCCACAAAGUUUGGUUGUCUUUUGUGUCAGCAUAAUUGAGCUCUUAUUAUUUGUAAGCUGAAUGGCUGGCUGGUCGGUACCUGCAGGUGUGAUGUAUAUAGUUUUGGAGUGAUUCUAUGGGAGCUUUCGACGAUGAGAAUCCCUUGGAGUGGGAUGAAUCCGAUGCAAGUUGUGGGUGCAGUCGGCUUCCAGAACCGUCGACUUGAAAUACCGAAAGAACUAGAUCCCUUAGUUUCAAGGAUCAUUUGGGAGUGUUGGCAGACGGAUCCAAAUCUGAGGCCAUCAUUUGCACAGCUUACCGUAGCUCUAAAGCCGCUACAGCGGCUUGUUGCUCCUCCUCAUCUGUUGGACCAGACAAGUUCAGGUUUGCCGCAGGAUGAUAUACCAGUAAAUUUCAAUCAGUGAAUGCUUCUCUCUGGAUAUCUCAACUGUGAAGAAUCGGCUCUGUUUUUGCAAGUGUACAAGCUAAAUGAGAAAGCACAGGAUUAAAAACAGAAAAGGAAAAAGAAAAAAAAAAGGAAAAGGAGAAAUAGAAAUAGAAAUAGAAAAAAGAAAAACUUUUUGUGUAAGUAAUAUCUUUUCAUUGUGCUGCUGCCCAAAAAUGUUAGUAGCCAGCAGCAGUUUCUUUGUACAGUCACCAUCCUUCAUCACAAAAUUGAAUGUGCCCGUCAAAGAUAUUGUAUAUACCAUAAUGAAUAACAAUAUUCAUACCGACAAACUAUGGCGUUGAUUUCAUGGCGUUGAUUUCACAUUGGAACGUCGAAAUCGAAUGUACAGAUUGCAGGAUGC